AUAUAUCUCCAUGGCUGAUGAGGCUGGCCGGGCACUUUCAAAAUGGCGGAGUGUGGAGCGAGCGGCGGCGGGAGCAGCGGGGACACCCUGGACAAGAGCAUCACGCUGCCCCCCGACGAGAUCUUCCGCAACCUGGAGAACGCCAAGCGCUUCGCCAUCGACAUCGGUGGAUCCUUGACCAAGCUGGCCUACUAUUCAACUGUGCAGCACAAAGUCGCCAAAGUGAGGUCUUUUGACCACUCAGGAAAGGACGCAGAACAUGAUCACGAGCCGCCCUACGAGAUUUCCGUGCAGGAAGAGAUCACUGCUCGGCUGCACUUCAUCAAGUUUGAAAACACCUACAUCGGAGCCUGCCUGGACUUCAUCAAGGACCACCUGGUCAACACGGAAACCAAGGUCAUCCAGGCCACAGGUGGCGGGGCCUACAAGUUUAAGGACCUCAUCGAAGAGAAGUUGCGGCUAAAGGUUGACAAGCAGGACGUGAUGACGUGCUUGAUAAAGGGGUGCAACUUCGUGUUGAAGAACAUCCCGCAGGAGGCCUUCAUUUAUCAGAAGGAUUCCGACCCCGAGUUCCGGUUUCAGACAAACCACCCCAACAUCUUCCCCUACCUCCUCGUCAACAUCGGGUCCGGAGUCUCCAUCGUCAAGGUAGAGACCGAGGACAGGUUCGAGUGGGUUGGCGGCAGCUCCAUCGGAGGCGGCACCUUCUGGGGGCUCGGGGCCCUGCUCACCAGGACGAAGAAGUUCGACGAGCUGCUGCAUCUGGCCUCUAAGGGCCAGCACACGAACGUGGACAUGCUGGUGCAGGACAUCUACGGGGGCGCCCACCAGACGCUGGGGCUGAGCGGCAACCUCAUCGCCAGCAGCUUCGGGAAGUCGGCCACCACCGACAAAGAGUUCUCCAAGGAGGACAUGGCCAAGAGUUUGCUGCACAUGAUCAGCAACGACAUUGGGCAGCUCGCCUGUCUGCACGCCAAGCUGCACGGCCUGGACAGGGUGUACUUCGGGGGCUUCUUCAUCCGGGGCCACCCCGUGACCAUGCGCACCAUCACCUACAGCAUCAACUUCUUCUCCAAGGGGGAAGUACAGGCGCUGUUUCUGAGGCACGAAGGCUACUUGGGUGCCAUCGGAGCGUUCCUGAAGGGGGCUGAGCAAGACAACCCCAACCAGUACAGCUGGGGGGAGAACUAUGCGGGCAGCUCCGGGCUGAUGAGCACAGCGCCUGAGCUGGGCCCCACGCAGCGGGCACGGAGCGGCACCUUCGACUUGCUGGAGAUGGACCGGCUGGAGAGGCCGCUGGUCAACCUGCCCCUCCUCCUGGACCCGUCCUCCUACGUGCCCGACACGGUGGACCUCACGGACGACGCGCUGGCCCGCAAGUACUGGCUCACCUGCUUCGAGGAGGCCCUGGACGGGGUCGUGAAGCGCGCCGUGGCCAGCCAGCCCGAUGCUGCCGACGCCACGGAGCGGGCAGAGAAGUUCCGGCAGAAGUACUGGGACAAGCUGCAGACGCUGAGGCACCAGCCCUUCGCCUACGGGACCCUGACUGUGCGCAGCCUGCUGGACACGAGGGAGCACUGUCUGAACGAGUUCAACUUCCCAGACCCCUACUCCAAAGUAAAGCAGAAGGAGAACGGCGUGGCGCUGAAGUGCUUCCCCGGCGUGAUCCGCUCCCUGGACGCGCUGGGCUGGGAGGAGCGGCAGCUGGCCCUGGUGAAAGGGCUGCUGGCCGGCAACGUCUUCGACUGGGGGGCCAAGGCCGUGUCCGAUGUCCUUGAAUCCAACCCCCAGUUUGGGUUUGAAGAAGCAAAGAGGAAGCUACAAGAGCGCCCCUGGCUCGUGGACUCCUACAGCAAGUGGCUUCAGAGACUAAAGGGGCCCCCUCAUAAAUGUGCCUUAAUUUUCGCAGAUAACAGUGGAGUAGACAUCAUUUUGGGAGUCUUCCCCUUUGUCAGGGAGCUACUCUUUAGAGGGACGGAGGUCAUCCUGGCGUGCAACUCAGGCCCCGCCCUGAACGAUGUGACGCACAGCGAGGCUCUCAUCGUGGCCGAGCGCAUCGCGGCCAUGGACCCCGUUGUCCACUCCGCGCUCCGAGGGGAGAGGCUGCUGUUGGUGCAGACGGGCUCCAGCUCCCCGUGCCUCGACCUCAGGUGGAGGUGCCCUUGGCCCGGCGGGUGUGGCUGCUCCAAGCCCCAGGGGAGGCAGCUGCCGGCGGAGGCUGGAUUCGGAAGCCCCACGUUUGUGACCGAGGCUGUGGGGUUCCCCCUCGCUGGCCGCUGCCCCCUGUGGGAGGCCGGGUUUGGGGUCCCCUCAGGCUCACUGCCACCUUCCUCCCCGAAGCCGCCUGGACAAGGGGCUGGCCGUGCUGGUGCGCGAGCGCGGCGCGGACCUGGUGGUGAUCGAGGGCAUGGGCCGCGCCGUCCACACCAACUACCACGCGGCCCUGCGCUGCGAGAGCCUCAAGCUGGCCGUUGUCAAGAACGCCUGGCUGGCGGAGCGGCUGGGCGGCCGGCUCUUCAGCGUCAUCUUCAAGUACGAGGUCCCGGCCGAGUGAGGCGCCCGCCCCGCAGACCGCGCCUGUCAGCGGCGGGACCUGUCUCACGCAGCGGGGGCUGCGCUCCAAUACAGAUAUUUAUAUGAUGCCGCAGCGCAGUGUGUGCACCCCCCGCCUGCACAGCCACGCCACGGCCGUGACGGCAGACGCAGCUUUGUCCUGUGAGACGUUCGUGUGGGAAUAUAUUUAACUGUUAAAUAACCUUUUAUAUAUGUACAAAUAUAUAAAUAUAUACGUGUACGUCUGACGGGCGCAGCCACGCGUCCCCAAAUAGAGUUUCAGAGUGA